AUGGGUCUUACAGACAAGUUUCAUAAAGGAGAUGGAGGUGUGGAGUCUGAUGACAAAAAAAUUGUUAGUUCUUGUGUCAAUUUGCCAAGCCCCAUGAAGCCUGUAAUUUUAAAUUCUGAAGAAAAAGGGCUUGAAAAAGAGGAUGAAGGCAAAGAGAGUCCAAGAACACCAAUUUGUGCAAAAUCAAAAAUUCCUAGUAAGUGGGUAUGCCCACCAGCCCCCAAGAAGCCAAAAACUAGUUCAAAAUUUCAUAAUCGUGCUGCCAUGGAAUUCUUCCAACUCCCAGAGGAUUGGGAAACAAUUUUCAGACUCGGCGUUAAGUGA